UUUGUAUUGGUAGAUGCUAUCGGUAUCAACAGGCUGCGUUCGAAAUUCUCUGAUUCAUUCAUUCGGUUCUACAUCCUAAUCUGCAGCAUUUUCUCUCUCUACGAUCACGUCAAUGGGGUUGAUUUUAAUUGGAUUUGCAGUUUUGAUCGGUUUGAAGAUCGCUAUAGUGUGCGCGUUAUUUGUUCGCUGAGUCGAUUAUAAUGAGAUGUUGUGGUGAAAUGAUUUAGGAUAAAACCAGAGCCAUCAGGUUCUGCAAAUUUUAUCACUCUUCAUGUCAUCAGGAGAAAAAGUGAUUGGUUUGUGAUCUUUUUAUCUGGUUCUUUAUCCUUUUAAUCUUCUUUCACUGCAUUUAAUCUCAUCAAGACAAGAUGAUGGAGUCAAUUUCUGGAGAUGAGUAUGAAUUAGAUGAUGAACAAGAGUCACCUGCACAUGAAGAGAAGAUCUUCGUUGCAGUGAGACUUAGGCCUUUAAACGAAAAAGAAAUUGCAAAAAACGAUUUAUCUGAUUGGGAAUGCAUAAACAAAACCACUAUCAUAUACAAGAGCAACCAAUCAGAUCGACCCAUGUACCCAAACGCCUUUACUUUUGACCGAGUAUACGGGUUUGAUAGUACAACAAAACAACUGUAUGAUGAUGGAGUCAAAGCAAUUGCUCUUUCUGUUCUUAAUGGCAUUAAUUCAAGUAUAUUUGCCUAUGGGCAGACAAGCAGUGGGAAGACAUACACCAUGUCUGGAAUUACUGAAUUUGCAAUAGCAGAUAUAUAUGACUACAUAAACAGGCAUAAUGAUAGAGAAUUUGUGUUGAAAUUUUCCGCCAUAGAAAUCUACAAUGAAUGUGUCAAAGAUCUUCUCAGUUCAGAUGGAACCCAACUUAGACUCCUUGAUGACCCAGAGAAAGGGACAGUUGUAGAAAAACUAACAGAAGCUAAUUUGAGAGACUGCAACCAUUUAAAGGAACUUAUCUAUGUGUCAGAAGCUGAGAGACAAAUCGGGGAGACUGCAUUGAAUGAAAUGAGUUCAAGAUCUCAUCAGAUUUUACGACUGACAGUUGAAAGUUCAGCCCUUGAUUAUAGAGGAGGUGAUAGUGGAAGAACUCUUUCAGCUACUGUGAGUUUUGUAGAUUUAGCUGGAAGUGAGCGUGCUUCUCAAACAUUAGCAGCUGGCACUCGACUCAAAGAAGGCUGUCACAUUAAUCGCAGUUUGCUAACACUAGGAACUGUUAUUCGUAAACUGAGUAAAGGAGGAAAUGGGCAUGUGCCUUAUAGAAACUCGAAGCUAACACGCAUACUACAAAACUCUCUUGGAGGCAAUGCAAGAACUGCAAUACUAUGCACUGUGUGCCCUGCACAUAGUCAUGCUGAACAAUCAAGAAACACCCUUCUUUUUGGUUCUUGUGCUAAAGAUGUUAACACAAAUGCACAAGUUAAUGUAGUGAUGUCAGAUAAAGCAUUAGUGAAGCAGUUGCAACAAGAAUUAGCUAGAUUGGAACGUGAGUUAAAAAUGGAGGAAAAGAUGGAAGAGUUGACUGAGCAACGUGAUCUAGCUGAAACUCGCCUUGAGCAUUUAAUGCAAGUAAAUGGAAUAGAUCGAAAUUCUUUGCCAUGGGAGGAGGAUAAGGACACAUAUGAGGUAGUUGAGCCUCCUAGAGUUGGUGCUUCAUUGCGCAUACAUGGUCAAGAAAGUCAACGCUCUCCUGAUGAAAACUCCCCUCGGAUAUUCUUGAAAGAAUAUUCCGUACCCGACCCAUAUCACGAAACGGAUAACAUGUAUCAAAAAAUAAGAAUAAAUCCAGAAGACAUCGAGAAAACAUCAUUCACAUACGAUAAAAUCAGAAUAAAUUCAGAAGACGACUUCAAUGAAGAUCAACAUAUCGACAACACAGAUUACAAAUUCAGAAUACAUCCAGAUAGAGGUUUCAAGGAAGAUCAGCAUUUCGAAAAAACACCAUUCAUAGAAGAUCGAGACUUUGAGGAAAUUUCAAUCAAUGACGAUGACGUCACCAAUGAAGAAAAGGCAAAAAUAUCAACCCUACACGAUGACGUCACUAGCGAUGAUGACGUCAUCAAUACACAAGAAAAAGGGAUGACAAAUGGUUUCACAAGAAGCAAAAGUUGCAACGAGUUUGCAUCAUCAGCUCCUCCAUCUGAUGAUGAAAUGGUGAUUGAGAGUAGAAAAAGUAACGAAUCUGAAAAGGACUUUUCUGUAAUUAAACAAAUUAUACCAAAAUCAAAAUCAGAAGCGGAUGUUAAAACAAUAAACCUGAAAGAAGACACUCAUAAUCCUCUCACAAUCAUUGAUGAAAAAGAAAUAGAAAACAGCAUCAAAUCAUCAAACGAAGGAGAUGUUUCUGAUCACAAUUCUCCUACUGAUAAACCAAUCAGGAAACUAGAAGAUGUAUUCAAUGAUGAAAGGGAGGCUGAGGUAAAAGGUGAUGAAUCAGGAGAAGUUAAUAAUGAGGUGAUGGCUAUAACACCUUAUAAUGAUUGGUCAAUGGUGUUUGAAAAACAAAGAGGAGAUAUAAUUAAACUUUGGGAUGAAUGCAAUACGCCUUUGAUUCAUAGAACUUACUUUUUCUUGCUAUUCAAAGGAGAACAAUCUGAUUCGGUGUAUAUGGAGGUGGAGCUUAGAAGACUAGCUUUCCUGAAAAACACGUCUUCUCUUGCCACUAGUGAAAGGGCUCUUAGUCGCGAAAGAAUAAUGCUGAGCAAGAAACUCUUAAAAAAAUAUUCAUCAACUCAAAGAGACCUCAUUUUUCGAAAAUGGGGGAUUCCAUUAGACUCAAAACAUAGAAGGGUACAAUUGUCACGUUUACUAUGGUCAAAAACAAACGACAUUGAUCACAUCAAAGAGAGUGCGGAUAUGGUUGCAAAGUUAGUUGGUAUUGUUGAACUAAACCAAACGCCAAAAGAACUGUUUGGGUUAAGCUUUCUUCCUACGCCUGACCACAUUAAGACCUCCUUUUGGAAAGCUAGCAUCUCCUUUACAUAGCUAUGUUUCAUUUUUAUAUGAAAAACUAAAAUUUUUGUUGUAAAUAAUUGCUAUAAGAUCUUUUCGAUCGCGUAUAAUCUUGUACAUUACAUAUAGAUAUGUGAUUUGAGGUUGAAAAUUGAGCCGGAAAGUUUCUUGAUUGGAU